AUGGAUGAGGGACAUAGUGAAGAUGUGUACGCAAUCCAGAUGGUGGGGUGUAUCUUGGUCAGUGGCAGCAUGGACAAGACAGUCCGGAUCUGGGAUCUUCUGGCGCAGCGACUAGUUGCACCGCCUUUGCUGGGCCAUAACGGCGGGGUGCUUAGUCUCCAAUUUGACCCCAACCCAGGCCGGGACAUUAUCUUUUCCGGUGACACAAAUGGUCAAAUGAUCUGCUGGAAGUUCUCGACACGUACAAUGAUUGGGCGACUGACUGAUGCCCAUGCCGAUGCUGUGAUAACCAUGAAGAUGGACGGCGACCGUCUCACCACCGGUUCCGCAGAUGGAAUGAUUAAGCUGUGGCAACUGGGCCACGACCCCAGAGAUGCUCUGCAACCAACACAGAUCGAGCACAAACGAUCGUUCAUUGGGCACGCCGGAGGUAUCAACGCUGUCGAUAUAUCAGGCGAUCUACUUGUGUCUGCAUCGAGCGAUCGGACAGUUAGAAUCUGGAGUGUAUCUACAGACAUGAUCAUCAGCGGUGGUGGCGAUGGCACUUUACGACUCUACAAUCGACAUUUGCAGGGUGUGGAGAAACGUCUGCGCGGCCACCGUGCUAUGGUGAGGGCACUGGAAGCCCAUGCAUAUGAGGACCAUACCGAUGUCAUAGUCUCCGGAUCCUACGACGGAUCAGUCAUAGUUUGGACAAGAGAAGAGGCGGGCAAAUGGCUUCUUCACCAUUUGAAUGCUUCCGCGUUUCCGGGGCGUGCCGCUCGAGGUGUGGCCCACACAGCGCGCACGGCCUCGACAGGAAACGUUGAGGCGAUUCUGCGCUCUCGUCCGCGGUCGAUAAGGACGAGCACGCGCUUGCGGUCCGAAGACAGUCUCCAUGCAGAUCAGCCGGCUAUGGUGUUUCGAGUCGAUAUGAAUGAACGAUGGCUCGUGUGCGCCUGGGAAGGCUCAAGCAGUAUCUGUGGAUGGGACUAUACAGACCGUGAGCAGAUGAUGGCAGCAGUGACGGAAUGA